UACACCUCCUCGGAGACACUCUUCGAGAUAUCGAAUGUUGCAUUGACGUAAUGAUUUUUAGCGACGCCAACGGAGAGUCGGCCAACUACAAGCGACGAAUACGAAAAAGGGUUUUUUGAGGGGAUUCCGGGAGACGGGAUUGCGGUUUUUCGGGAGAUUGAGGAGGUGAUGACGGGAUUUUGGUGAUUAGUCGCUCGCUCGGGGGGUCAUUGGACGAUAGCCGACAUUGGGACGGAGUCACUCCAGGGAGACAUAAUUUCCAACUUUGAUUUGUUAAUCAGGAUCAUCACAAGACUGUAAUCAACCUCGUUGAUGCCAAACCACGUGAAAGACUGAUUCAAAGAAACUUCAAGCCUGGAAUAAUCUAGAAAUGAAGCGACCGCACCUCUAUAAUCUUCUGCUCCGGCCCCUCACGACGUCCCGCCGAGGCCUCCACCACCGAACCACGCGGAACGCCUCGACAAACCCUAGCCCACCCCCUCGUCGUCGAGUGCUGGAGCACCUGCGAACGCGUUCCCUCAUUUCGCUCAGGGGUCCAGACACCCCGGACUUCCUCCAGGGUCUCAUCACCAACGACAUGCGCCACUUCGCCGAGGGCAUCCCCAACAUCUACUCCCUCUUCCUGAACACGAAGGGUCGAGUCCUCUACGACACGAUAAUUUAUAAAUCCCCAGAGGAGGACGUCUUCCUCCUGGAGGUGGACGCCUCCAUCUCCGCGGACCUCCAGCGUCACCUGAAGAUGUACAAGAUUCGGAGGAAGGUCGACAUCACGCCCCUGGGGGAGUCGAUGAAGGUCUGGGCGGCUUUCGUGACCGAUUUCGAUCCCCAGAACAUGAAGAACGUGGAAAAGUCGAAGUUCGAGGGGAGGAUCUUCCCCUGUGGGUCAUUGACGAACACUCGGAGUGAGUUAAUCGGUGACGUGAUGAUCUUUAAGGACCCGAGGAUACCCUCCCUGGGGAUGAGGAUUCUCGGUCACGAGAAUGUCUCUGGAGAAGAGAUCGCGAGGAGACUGGGACUCGAAGGAAGUGGAGAACGAAAAGUCAGAGGAGAGAUUUUGGGGAAAUUGGGGUUUGGAGGUGAUGGAAGUGUCUCCAGAGAAGAAAUUCUGGAGAAAUUGGGACUCGAAGGGAUUAAAGAUGACGAAAACCUCGUAAACAGAGACAUUUUCAAGAAAUUAGAACUUGAAUUGGGGGUUGGAGAUGAUGAAAUUGUCUCCAAACGAGAGAUUUUGGGGAAAUUGGGGUUUGGAGGUGAUGGAAGUGUCUCCAGAGAAGAAAUUCUGGAGAAAUUGAGACUCGAAGGGAUUAAAGAUAACGAAAACGUCGUAAACAGAGACAUUUUGAAGAAAUUAGGACUUGAAUUGGGGGUUGGAGAUGACGAAAUUAUCUCCAAACGAGAGGUUCUGCGGAAAUUAGGGCUUGGAGGUUGUGGAAGUGUCUCCAGAGAAGAAAUUCUGGAGAAAUUGGGACUCGAAGGGAUUAAAGAUGACGAAAACGUCGUAAACAGAGACAUUUUCAAGAAAUUAGAACUUGAAUUGGGGGUUGGAGAUGAUGAAAUUAUCUCCAAACGAGAGGUUCUGCGGAAAUUAGGGCUUGGAGGUUGUGGAAGUGUCUCCAGAGAAGAAAUUCUGGAGAAAUUGGGACUCGAAGGAAUUAGAGAUGACGAAAACGUCGUAAACAGAGACAUUUUCAAGAAAUUAGGACUUGAAUUGGGGGUUGGAGAUGAUGAAAUUAUCUCCAAACGAGAGGUUCUGAGGAAAUUAGGGCUUGGAGGUUGUGGAAGUGUCUCCAGAGAAGAAAUUCUGGAGAAAUUGGGACUCGAGGGGAUUAAAGAUGACGAAAACGUCGUAAACAGAGACAUUUUCAAGAAAUUAGGACUUGAAUUGGGGGUUGGAGAUGAUGAAAGAGUGUCCAAACGAGAGGUUCUGAGGAAAUUAGGGCUUGAAGAUGACGAAGAGAUGAGUUAUAAAGAAUUUAGAUAUCGUCUGGGGAUUGGCGAGGGGGUGGAAGACCUUCCCCCUGGGAAACCCCUCCCCCUGGAGGUGAAUUGCGAUUAUCUCCAUGGGGUGAGCUUCCACAAGGGGUGCUACAUCGGGCAGGAGCUGACUGCGAGGACACAUCACACCGGAGUCGUCAGGAAGAGACUCAUGCCUCUGGUUUUUGACGAUGUACCUGGGGGGAGGCUUGAGGUCGACGAGAGUGUCUUGGGGGAGGGGGGAAAGGCUGUGGGGAAACUCAAGGGGGUGGAGGGGAGGUUUGGACUAGGGUUGAUGAGGAUUGCAGAGGCUCUUGCGGGCGGGGGGUUGAGGGUCGGAGGGACCGGGGUCAAGGUGGUGAAACCGUGCUGGUGGCCUGUGGACAGUCCCAAGGAGAAGAGUGUUAAUUGAUGAGGUGGGGGUUGCAGUCAAUGCAAUGACAUUUUCAAGAAAUUAAGAGUUGAAUUAGGGAUUAAAGAUGAUGAAAAUGUCUUCAAACGAGAGAUUCUAACAAAUUUAAAACUUCUAGAUCAUGAAGAUGAUGAAGAGAUGGAUUAGGGGACGUUGGGGUAAAACGGACACUUGACUUUUUUUAAAAUGUUAAUGAGGGGUUGAAAUGUUGAUAAAAUUCAAUA